UUUAUUUCCCACCCUCAUCCACAUCGUGACCUGAACGUUCUUUUUUCCUUUGUUUUUAUUUUUGCUUUAAGCUACGUAUUCCCAGGAUCAGCGCUGCGCUGUGGUCGUAAGCGUCCUGUGGAUAGGGAUGAUUAUUAUUGUGUGUGUGUGUGCGCGCGCGCGCCCUAGGCUUGUCUUUAGGCUUUUAGUAACCAGAGCUCUGAGUGUGUUGAGCUUCGGAGCGCUUGGUUGAUGCGAUUCGGAUGCCCUAGGCGGACGCCCAUGUCCCCUCGCCGCUGUGUUUCCCUUGCCUUGCUCCCUGGGCCUGCUCGAGCUCAAGCCUCGCCAGUUCUAGCCCACUGGGGCAGACAGAGGGAAACUUGAGUUUUCUGGCUGCUCUGCCUGGGACUGGUCUGCAGCUUAUAGGGAGCAGGGAAGGAGAGGGAAGCCCCUUUUAGUCUCAGGGUGCAAAACUCACACUUCCAGUUCGCUUUUCCCAAUUAAUAAAGCUGAUACUUAAUGCUUAUCUCAUUGGUCUGUUUAUGUCGCACUUGUUUGAGAACCCACGGGAGAGCGGGUGUGAUUCUUGGGCGCUUUGAAACUCUAGCAGGAAUUUAGUCCUCCACGCGCUCCUCAGAAGUUAGGAAGUAUGUCUGGAGGGUUUUUUCCCCUCCUCCCCACUUUAAAAUAAACAUAGUUUAUAGAACCUGGAAGCUCUUGUGAGUUAUAGUUCUAAAGCCUUCUUAGUGCCCCCACCCCCAGCUUUUACUAGCAUUCCUGAAUCUGUGGCUGCCUCAGUGGUUAAGAGUCAGUUAAAAAUGGGAGGGCCAGCCCCAGUGGUAUAUAGUGGCUAAGUUCCCAUGCUUCCCGCUUUGGUGGCCUGGUUCUGUUCCUGGGUAUGGACCUACAUCAUGUCAGUGGCCAUGCUGUGGUGGUGGCUCACAUACAAAAAGGAAAAAAAAAAAAAGAUUGACAGCAGAUGUUAGCUUAGGGCAAAUCUUCCUCAGCAAAAAAAAAAAAAAAAAAAAAAGGAUAACAUAAUUUAUAGAAAUGAGUGGUGGCUAUAUUUACUGAAGAAUCAUUGAUUUUUCUUUUUUUUCCAAAAGACUAGACGGUUAAUUGAAAGCUUGAUUCAGUAUGUCAAUCUCAUCAUUUAAUACCAGCUGGAAACUAGAAGAUGAAAAGAGUUAGAUUUUAGUGUAUGCAAUCUAUGGGAGUUUUAGUAAGAAUUUCUAAGCAUGACUCCUGCUCUUGAAGGGUCUAAAGAAGGAAUCUUCAAAUUUUGAAGACUCUUAAGUGAGUGUAUUACUCAUCUAUUGCAAGUUAUCCUAAAACUGAAUUAAAACAGUUAUUAAACUAAUUAAUUAAAACAACAAUUAACGUUUAUUACCCAGAGUUUCUGUGGGUCAGGAAUUCAGAAACAGCUUUCUGGGUAUCUAGCUCCGAUUCUCUCAUGAGGUUGCAGAGAAGAUACCUGCCAGGGAUGCUGCCAUGUGAAGGCCUGAUUAGGGCUGCAGGGUCGGUUUCAAAGGUGACUUACUCAUGUGCCUGACGAUUCUUUCUUGGCAAGAGGCCUCAGUUCUUCCCUGGGGGCCUCUCCAUGGCCUACUUGAAUGUCCGGUGACAUGGUGGCUGUCUUUCUCUAGAGUGAACAGUUCAAGACAGAGAAAGGCAGAAGCCACAGUGUCUUAUGGUACCUCGCCACAUACACCAGAUAGCAGUAUCCUAUUGGUUACACAGGUCAGCCCUGUUUAUUGUGAGAGGGGAUUACGUAAGAGUGUAAUUGCCAGGCAGCUGACAUCACUGGGAGCAAUUCUGGAGCCUGGCCAGCACAGGAAGUCUCCUUGCAUUUAGUUUAUAUUUUGGUUUUCAUAAAAUCAAUAUGAAUUUCACACUAACAUAUGCUACAGGAGAUCAUAGCAACAUUCUUGCUAGGCUUUAAGCCUAGGAAAAAUAAAUUCCAAAUGGGUGGCUGGGGGGACAUGUAAUCUGCUGACUCUCAUAAUUAUUAUACCAGAUUGUUUGUGCUUUGGAAUCCAAGGCUGGAGGGGAGUAUGUUAUCGAGCAUGAAGGCAAGGGGCUUGGGAACGCCAGGCCCUUGCAGCAACGGAAUGCCGCCGGCAUACCUUGCUGAUUGUUCUUAAGAUACUCCCCAAGGGAAUGAACUGGGAUAGGGCUGGUGUGCUUCGGAGGGACGAAGGAUAGGACCUUUGGGCUUUGGCUUGAGUGUCCCUGCAGGCAUGAGUUCCUGGUAUUGUACAUGCUUGUGAUUCUUUACCCACAAAUAAAUACAUGGUGAUCAGAGGGACCUCACCUCAGUCGUUGAGGCUGAUGGUCCCCUGUCCAUUGAAUAUAUAGAUUGUGUUCUGUCUAUUAAUUCCAUCCACUCCUUCGGCUCACUGCCUAGCCGGUCUCGGCAGCAAGUGGCACCCAAUGUGGGGCACGAAGGAAACACCGCCAAGAGCAAAAGUGGAACUUCAGCGGUGUGGGACCCGGAAGCAGUGUGGAUAGAGGCCUCUGAAGAUCUCCCGUUGGGCUUUUCAAAAUGUCCAACAAAGAAUCUUGUGGAAAAAAAGACAAGUCUCAGAGAAAAGGCACCACCUCAUCACCCAACUUUGAUGAAGAAGAUAAGAAAGAGAAAAAAAACUCAGCGAGUUCUGCUGGUUCAGCUUGCUCUGUAAGAUCUGUUUCAUCAGAGAAGAGAAAACUGAAAUCAGAUCAUACAGACAUUUUGUAUUGUAAUGUAAAAAGAAGACAAGAACUGAACAGACUGAAUGUAGAAACUGACACUGCCCGAAAGAGACCAAAAAUCAGCUUUUCAUCCCGAGGACCCGUUAAACUCCAAGAAGCAUCAUAUUCAAAUAAUAAUCAAAUGAUUUCACAGAGUUUUUCUUCAAGUGGAGCUAAAAAGGAUAUCAAUAAAUGUGUAGAUUUUAAAGUGAAAGGUAGUAAAUUGACAAAUGUUAGGAGUAAGCUUGACCAUGGAAAUAAAAACUUUAGCAGUCCUGAGAUUGCCAAAGAUGUGAAACCUAAAGCUGAAGGUGAGGCAAAUGAAAAAAAAUGGGCUCAUUUACUUGCUCAGAGGGGGAAGAUGAAAGAACACGAGAAAGAAAAGUACAAUAAAUUUGGAGACAGUUCUGAAAAAUGUGUUUUGGAGAAAUGGAAGAGAAUCCAAUUUUCUCAGGAUUACAGUUCCAACAAGAUAAUUAAGGAACCCCUCAAAUCUAGAAGAAGGAAGAUCAGUUUCAAAAUCCCAGCAAAAUCCUGUGAUACUCUCCAGAAGCUUGUAGGAGGAAGUGUCUUCAGUGUAGAUUCUACCAAAUCGAAGACUAAGCCAGAGAACAAAGAAUGCCUGGAAGGCUGCUGGGUGUCGUUUAAUUUGACUAGGCACCCAAGAGAACGUUUAUUUUCAGAUUCCAUGUGUAAGCAGACUGUUCAUGAGUCAAAAGGAAAAUAUCAUCGUGAGCAUCAUGAAAGUAAUGAUUCAAGUUCUAGUGCAAACCUAACCCAGAGUUUUGAAGCACCGUGUUCUUCAGUGUCCCUUGAAAGUAUUCAAGAUACAGAUCAAGAGAUGCAGAUAGUAGAAGAGCUUCAUGCUGCGCGUGUGGGAAAAAGUGCGGAUUUACCUGUGGUUCCACCUUCUGGAGAGUUAACGAGUAUGGAAAUUGACUUGGUGGAAGAUGAUGUACAUUCCUCUGCUGCAAAUACUGCUUCAGACACAAAGCUUCUAAUUGUAAUUGAUACAAAUAUUCUGAUGAAUCAUCUCAAAUUUGUUAAAAUUUUGAAGACAACAGAAAUCACAGGCUUUGACAGACUUGUAUUAAUAAUUCCCUGGGUUGUUGUGCAAGAGCUAGAUCGUAUGAAGGCAGGAAAACUGCUAAAACAUGCCCAGCACAAAGCCAUACCUGCAGUUCAUUUCAUCAAUGACAGUCUUAAAGAUCAAGAUCGAAAGCUAUGGGGUCAGUCAAUACAACUUGCAUCUCAAAAACUUUAUGGAUUGAGUGAUGAGAACAAUGAUGAUCGAGUAUUAAAAUGCUGUCUUCAGUACCAGCAAUUAUUCCCUUGUUCUCUUGUUAUUCUGUGCACGGAUGAUAGAAAUUUAAGAAACAAAGGCCUAAUAAGUGGUGUGAAGUCACUCAGUAAAGAAGAAUUGAGUGCAGAGUUAUUAAACUUAUCUCUGAACACAGAUGUAUGUCAUCAGCCUUGUAUAUCUAAGCAACAAUUGAAAGCAGAAGCAGCACCUUUGGAAGAGAGCUGUGAGGAAGAAUCUACAAAUUCUGGACUACUCAUUCUGCUUGAAAGCAUCAUAUCUGACCUUGAAAAAUCUCUUGGAACAGCUUUAUCUUCAAUAUUAGAAACAGAAAUGAAAAUUGCUUUUGGAAACCUUUGGAUGGAGAUGCUGUACUUGAAACCACCAUGGACUCUAAUACACUUAUUACAGUGCUUUAGAAAACAUUGGUUGGCUGUAUUUGGAUUAGUUAUGGAAAAGAACUUGCUUUUAACCAUUGAGAGCCUAUAUGAAAAUCUCUAUAAAGCUAACAGUGCAGUGGAUUUUACAACAGUGAAAUUCCUGCUUCAGGAUUCUAAGAGUUUGUUACAUGCUUUCAGCACAAGGUCGCAUUAUGAUGGUGUUCUUCCACAGGCCUUUGCUCAAGUAAGCAAACUGCUCCAAACAUUUACAGAGGUCAAGGCAAAACUUAAGCAAGAUCCUUCAGAAAAUACAGUGGGUAAAAAGAAAGAAGAUUCUUCUUUGAUGAAGUCUAAUAACCAGGAAAUCACCAUUUUCCCAGGUUCUCCUCUUCCCCAACCCAACAGGCAUCAAGAAAUCUGGUCUAUCCUAGAGAAUGUUUGGAUUACAAUAUAUCAGAACAGCAUGGAUGUAUUUCAAAGAUUAGACUCAAAUUCAGCUCUGACUUCUUCAAAAAUAGCAUCAUUUGAAGAAGCAUUUGUAUAUCUUCAAAAGUUAAUGGCAGCUGUGAAGGAUAUUCUUGAAGGAAUUCAGAGGAUUUUGGCCCCCAACAGUAAUUAUCAAGAUAUCGAGACCCUCUAUAACUUCCUAAUCAAGUAUGAGGUAAAUAAAAAUGUCAGAUUUACUGCCCAGGAACUUUAUGACUGUGUUUCACAGACUGAGUAUCGGGAAAAGUUAACCAUCGGAUGCCGCCAGCUGGUUGAGAUGGAACGUACCAUGCAGCAGUGCAAUGCAUCUGUCUAUAUGGAGGCCAAAAACAGGGGAUGGUGUGAAGACAUGCUCAACUAUAGGACUUAAAGUGCUGAUUUGUAACUUAAAAGAACAACAGAGCAGCUUUCAACCUUUUGAGCCAAACCCAAGAGACUUGUAAGAAAUGUCUCACAGGUCCAAAAAGGUGACUGCCUACACUGACAAUCUCAGUGAAGUUCCAAAAAGCCUAAUGCAUCCACUGUGGGAUAAACUGUGGACCCAACUCAUCUGAAGUUGACAAUACCUCCCUACCUCUGCUGCUGAUACUGAGCCAGUAUGUCUAAGGAUAGGAGAGCUGUCUUGUUGGUAAUCGUAGGGCAGGAGCCAUUGUGGCAUUUGAGGAAAGCCCAGGGCACACCAGUAGCAUCUCUGUCAACCCUAAAUAUGUGUACAGGACCAGAGACACUUCCAAACCCCAAGAAAGAAUUAGGAUGUAACCAUGAUUAAUCACAUUCUACAAACGAAAUCUUACCCUGGGCUGUUUUAUGAUCACAGUCUUCCAUGCAGACCUGGUAAACAUCACACACAUGCCUUCCACUUCCCCGAGGUAAUGAUUGUAGCAUUUUGUCUUCAGCUCCAACUUGCUAUAUAACCUCUUGUCCUCCUCCCUGGGCUCGUCACUUUUCAGUGCAUUUCUCAUGAGAGGAGCAAGGAGACCCCAAGGCUGAGUUUCUCUUAAAUGUGAAGCAACAUGGAUUUAUGGGAUAGGUGGCAGUGACUGCUGUUGCCCCUAGCUAAACCAAGAGUUUGACUUAUUCCUUAUUUAGUUACACAGUAAUUUAGAAAUCCUUGUUUACUAGAGUAUAUUAUGCUUUUGUUAAUACAUUAGAUUAAAUCUAAUUUGGUAUUCUAUUAUAAAUGCUUAUUUUUUUUAAAAAAAGCAAUAAAUUAUUUUUAGUAAGAUUUUGCUUUUCACUUUACUUCCAAAUUGUGUUUCUGAACUGUGUACAGGUAUGAUUAUAUAAGUGGCCCUCUCCAAUGAGAGAAGCUGCUCCGAUGCUCACUGCGGUGUGGGGAGGACCCACUGAGCUGUUUGCAGAGGAAGCCGCCUCCACCUGGGGCUCAAAGUGCCAUCAGAGGUAUGAGCCUGGGUGGAAGAAGAUGCCGCCGGGGCGUGUCUGCCUCUUUCCCUUUCUUCCUUGAGGAGCCAAAAAAGCAUCCCCUCCCCCACCAAAAGAACUUUUUUUCAGCUCCUUAUCCCUCACCUGCUUCUAGUUGUAAUUACUGGGUUUGGGCUCUGCUUUGUUACCACCCUUUUUAAUACAGGUUAUGCUUUUUAGGAAAUUUCUUGUCACUCCUAUCGCGUGCAUAUCUCUACAUAUUUCACUCUUAGGCACGUGGAUUUUAAUUUUAUCUUAGUCUAUAUGGCUUUUACUUUGUGCAUUAAUUUGUCAAUUAUUUCAACCUUUCUUAAAUUUUUUUCAUUUUAUAUUGAUAUAUGGAGAUGUUUUUCUUCUUUCUAGUCUUAUUUUUUAAUUUAGAAACAUUCUUUUAAAAUUUUCUUCCUUUGAAAUGUCAGGGGUUUCUCUCCCUUCUUUAUUGUCGUCUUUUCUGAUCUUAAGCUUUAUUAAUUUUAUACUUUUUUUCUAACGGUCCAAUGCAGGAGUUGAGGGGUCCCUUUCCCCUCACCCUCUACUCCUUCUUUUCUGGGUCCCCCCUGUGGAUUGGAGUCACUCAGCUGACAUAAGGAUCCUAAGCCCCACCUUGCAGAACAUACAUUUGUUUUGAUGGAAAAAUAUCAGAUCCUUAAAAGAGAAACAAGUUUUAAAAUCUCCAUUCGUCAAUGUAUAGCUAUUAUAUUUUGGGCAGAAACCACCAUAAGUAUGCCAUGAACCAGAAGUGCCUGAUGGGGAAAGUCACACCAGGGGUUCUCUACAUAAUGCCCUUGGCCUUGCCUUAGUGAGGAGCUGAUGAUAACUUCAUGAGAGGCGUCCAUGAGGAUUAUUCCAGCAAAGUUCCGGCACCAAUUUACACUAGCCUUUUCCUACUUACUUUUACAAAAGAUAGUCCAUUUCCCUCCUGAGAGAUCAGAGAGGGUCCUCUCGUUUGGAGCAGCCCCCCUCUUCCAGCAUUCUGGGCCAAAGAAAAGCUGGCUAAAGAACAGGGGUCUGUGGUGCCCCACGGGGUCUCCUGUUAGGACUUGCAGCAGGCAAUUGGAACUGCAUGAUUACAACUUCACAGAUGGGUUAACUUCACUAUCCUAUCGUGGUCUUUGUCACAUGAGACGGGGGACACAAGUCAAACCUGAAGCUGUUCCCUUGAUCUUUUGACCAUGACCUUAAGGGAGAACGGAAGUCCUUUCACUCUUUCAGGGUUGAUCCAGGUUUAUUUAGAUGGUGUCAUGGUCUACCUUCAGAGCCUAGGUCAUAUUGUUCAUACCGCUGACUUUCAACAACUCCCCCUCCCCAGCCCAUCCAUCCAUUAGAGCCCUCUUCAGCUCCCUAGCGAGUCAGGAUGUCUUCUUAGAGGGAAUAUAUCUCACUAUUGAAUAAUCAAAUACAUCUUCCACUCAGGAAGUGAUGCCAUCCACAGCCCUUUUCUGAUUUAGAUUGGAUUGGCAGGCAAGCCCCAUUCCAGUUGGUGGCUUUUUAGCUAUUUUGCCAAUAAAACCCACUCCUGUGAAAAUAACUCAGCUCCAUGAGCUUGAGCAGAAUUACCAGUUAUGGUAAUGGAAGGUGAGGCGGUAGACACCCAAAUCUCAGCAACUAGCGUGGCUCAGUGUUCCUAACUACAAACCAAUUUCAACAUCCUAUUCUUUGAGUUCUAAUCUUUUCUCAGCCUCUGCAACUCUGUCGUACAGACUAAUGGUUAUGGGCUAAACUACCUUAGCUCAGUACAUAACCCUUGUACAGCCAGUGGUAAUGAACGGUUCCCUGAUGUAAUUUCUAGUGAGGUACGUGUCCCAGCCCCUUUCCUUUCUAAGCCUUUUCCUUUUAAAAGUUUGGUCUCCUUUCGGUUAAGCUAGAAGAGACAACCUUUCUCCUUUUUAAGUGUACAGUUCUGAGUUUUGUCAAACACAACCACAUAAUCACCAACACAAUCAAGAUGAGUUCCAUCGCUCCUCAAAAUUCCUUUGUGCCCCUUUGUAGUCAACACCCAUCCUCGCCUCCGGAAGCCGUUGGUGUGUCUGCUAUCCCUGUAGUUCUUUUCCAGAAUGAUAUAUAAAUGGAGGCGUUUGAGGCUGGCUUCUCACUUAGCCCUCGAUGAGAUCCAUCCAUGUUGUUUUAUCAGUACUUCAUUGUUUUUAUUCCUUAGUAGUAUUCCAUUAUAUGAAUGCACCAAUCUAUCCAUUCACCAGUUGGAAGGAUAUUUGAGUCGAUUUGUUUUUGGUGAUUAUGAAUAAAGCUGCUAUAUUUA